UCUCCAUCUGUACAGGCGCAGUGUGUGCAGCUCGGCUCCGCACUGAAUGGACUAGAUUCCCAGCCACGUAAGAAGCACAGCGCACCACGGGAGAGAGAGGAUGUCCUGCUGAACCAAGGGAUAGGCCUGGGAAAGUCGGCCGGCCGUCCCUUCCUUUUUUCUUCUUCUUCUUCUUUCCUUCCUUCCUUCCAGCAGAUUACAGCAUCAAGACAAGACACACAAGACUGACGACACUUUUUCUUCCAUUGGACUAGACCAAGCGAAAGAGAGAGGACGUCGACUCCCGCACACAAAGAGCUACACAUCAGUUUUUUUGCUUUUUCCGGAUGAGGUUUUCUCCUUAUGUGGUAGAUGACAGUCGCCGUGCAUGGAUAUGAUCCUGGGGAACAAGGCCGUGCACUGACCUGGUACUAGUUAGCAAAGGAAGCUAACUAGUCAAGCUUUGCACCUGCUAUAGCCAUCAUUUUGUCUGUCGAUAUCAGCAGCUAUAAUAAGCUUGCAAAACUUGCUUUAUAUAUAUAUAUUUUUCCUUUUGCUUCUGUAGUUUUUUCCCCCUGUGCCUGCAAGCUGUAUCCAUUUGUUUCCGUUUUAUGAAACGUGCCAUUACCAUUAACUGGUGAGAUAAGCUAGCAAACAAGCUGUGGGGGUAUAGCUCUUCAUUCAUUGUAAAAGCUGACUUUUGUUGGGCUUUGUUGCAGUUUUAUCGUCGCUGCUCUCACUGCUAUCGUUCAUGAAAUUGCAGCAUAGAUUUUUUUUGUCGACUCGGGUCAGUAAUUAUUCAGUUUUAGCCUGGCCUUUAUCUCUUGAAUGGGAAAACAAAGGGGGCAAAUGAACAGUUAAACUAAGCAAGGAAAAUCAAAGACCCCCCCUCCUCCUACCCUCUUUUUUCUUUUUGUCUUAUAAAAACCAACUUUGCCUGUUGAUAGUCUGCCAUAUUCUCCAGCUGAAAUUUGGAGUUAAAUCAGCAGAUCUGUUUUUUUCUUUUUUUUUUCUUUUUAAAUUUUCAUUAGAGGUUAAUUUGAAGUGUUGGACAAUUUGUGACAUUGCACUGAGGCUGCAACAAAGUGGUGCCCCAUAAGUGAGAGGAGGAGGAGUAGAACAAGGAGGAGGAAGUCCCCCCCCCCCCCCAUACCCCCCCUCCCCCCACGAUUUUGUGGAGUUAUUACACCAUUCCUCAUGAACAUACAGAGGUCAAAUCCAAUUAACAUUUCACGUUAUGGGAGAUCGCGGCACAAAUCGCACGAUUUCGAAGAAUUGUCUUGCUUAAGGACUACAGAGUCUCAUCAGAGUUUCAGUCCCAACCUCGGGUCCCCCAGCCCGCCGGAGACCCCGGACUCCUCGCACUGUAUCUCCCGCAUCGGGGACUACCUUUUGUUGGAGCCACUGGAGGGAGACCACGUUUUCAGAGCCGCCCACCUGCACAGCGGGGAAGAGCUCGUAUGUAAGGUUUUUGACAUUGGCCGCUACCAGGAGUCACUGGCAGCCUACUUUGCCCUGGGCCAGCACCAGCAUAUUAACCAAAUUCUGGAGAUAUUGCUUGGGGAGACGCGAGCAUAUGUGUUCUUCGAGAGAAGCUAUGGCGACAUGCACUCUUUUGUCCGAACCUGCAAGAAGUUGCGGGAGGACGAAGCUGCCAGACUCUUCUAUCAGAUAGCCUCGGCUGUGGCACAUUGCCACGACAACGGACUGGUCCUCCGUGACCUCAAACUGAGGAAAUUUGUCUUCAAGAAUGAGGACAGAAGCCUAGUGAAGCUGGAGAGCCUUGAGGACACAUACAUCCUGGAUGGUCAUGAUGACUCCCUGUCAGACAAACAUGGCUGCCCAGCCUAUGUCAGUCCUGAGAUCCUCAAUGCUAACGGCAGCUAUUCGGGGAAGGCAGCUGACGUCUGGAGUCUGGGGGUCAUGCUGUAUACCAUCCUUGUGGGGCGCUACCCUUUCCAUGACGUUGAGCCUGGCUCUCUGUUCAGCAAAAUCCGCAGGGGCCACUUCAACAUCCCAGAGACGCUCACACCCAAGGCCAAGUGCCUGAUCCGCUCAAUUCUCCGCCGGGAGCCCGCAGAGCGCCUCACCUCUCGGGAGAUUCUGGAGCACCCCUGGUUUGCCUCCUCCGGGGCUCUAGGGGGCGCUGCGGUACAUGGUAGAGGAGAAAGAGAGCAGGAGCAGAUGGUGCCUGAGGUGAACAUGGAGGAGGAGCUGGAGCAGUUCUUCAGCUGAGCAAACACCAAGCACAAACGGACGACUCCACCACGGUCGGCUCACCACGCUCACAGCAGAGCCAAAAACAGUAGUUUAGAGAUUAAUAGGUGAACAUUUGUCACUCAUAAUAAAGGUGUUUCCAUCCUGUUUCCUUUUCCACCAUUUCAUGGAAAACCUUGAGCCUGGCAUGACAAAUGGCAUCUAUACAUCACCUGGUGUUGCACCUCCCACUCUGGGAUGUUGUCACCAGACAUGCAAGUUGCAAACAAUGUAGCAAAUGUUCUUUUGGAUCUGUUUGGUUUGAUGUGGUGCUCAUAACAGUAGACACAUUCACCGUUUUUGACACUAUGGGAAGCAUGAAGGGACAUAUGAACACAGGAAACCAAGGAGAACAAGUCAAGAUGAACUUACAAACUGCAACACCACACCUUUUCUUACAGGUUCUGUUUUUAGUCAUAGCUUUAGGUGGCACCAAUUAAAAGCCACAGAUCCAGGGUCAGAAAUCACAAACCUACGUUCUGUUGUUUGACUAAUACAAGGUGGAUAUCCCUGACCUGGGACCAUUGCGUAAGAAAUGGAGAAGCAUAGGCUUUUUUUUUGUCAUAAUAAUCAUCAACAUGUUUGACCUCGUCUUUGUUUCGUGGUUAAGUUUUGUUUUGUCAUCUCUCAUUUGUUUCAAAUUCUACAUUAUUGAAAUUUCUGACAUAGUCACUUAACUCCUUGACGGCCUUGUUUUCAUUAACUUAUUUGUUUCUGCCUCCUCAGUCUCUUAAGCCUUUACCACACAUUCAUUUGUCAGUAACAUUACUUAUAUGAACAGUCUUUUCUCAUUUUGUUUUUGUUUUUAAGCUAUUCCAAUUUUUUUUUGUUACUGCUGCUUUAAUAUCACUCCCUAAACCUCAAUCUUAAACAGUUUUCUUGGUAAGCCUAUAAACAUGGCAUCGUGCACUUGAUGUGUUAGGUGAAUGGAUGAUUCACCCUCUUAAAAUUAGCUUCCUCUUAUUUAAAUUCAUUCUUCGGUCGUAGGAACGAGGACGCAACAUUUAUUUAAAUUGUAACAGCUAUCUAUAUAUAAAUAUAUAUAUAUAAAUAAAUAUAAAUAUAUAUAUUUAAAACUACAUUGCAGGGUUUUUCUUUAUUCAGAGAUUCCUUUUUCAUGUAUGAUGUAGGCAAUAUCUUGACACAGGACAGGCGCAAAGAGGGAAAUGUCUGUCUGAAGUUUUAGAAUAAACACAAUAUCUUCUGUGCCAGUAUUCCUGUGCCCGACAGCCCCAUGCCACCCGGUCUCCCUCAUUUCUUUUUAAAAACUUGAUACGAGAUAUUCAGUGAUAGUAUUGCUAUGACAUGCUCACUCCAGGACCUCAUGUUAGUUUUCUACUGCCUGCGUAGGUUCUGUGAAACGAUCAUGCUCGGAAUGGGUACCAGUGGACAUGUUUUGUCGUAUCUCAAUGUUACUUGAAUUUGUGUUUUUAUCUAGUCAUUGGCAUGUGCCCCAUGAAUGCUAUAGCCUGCCUAG